CUUGGAAGUGGACUGUCCCGACAACAGCAGAUUGGCCACUGCCAAUACGGUAGAGGGUCUUACCAAAAGCUACAUGAGGAAAUCCCCAGGUGGAGGUCAGCGCACGUCAGAAUAAGAUCAGUGGCAUCAUUCGAUUGCUCGGCUUAUAGACUCGCCUGAUAAUCAAUACACUCGGUCAUUUCAAAUUCUCAUCAUGCUCUGCUGCCAGCGUUCUUAUAAUGUCUCUUGGGGUAUAUCGCCAGUCUAAUUCAUUUCACAUUGCACUCCGUCAAUAAUGGAGCUGUUCGUUAAACCCUCUCUGUUCUUUUAACGAAGUAACACUUGUGAUAUCUGCAAUAGGUUUCUCUAAAAUGAGAUGAAUCUACUUCGUGAGUUUUCUUGCGGCAACACACAGACCCGGGUACCCCACAUCCAGAAAUUUCCAUAUCCAAUUACCAAAUCUCAAGAACAGUACCUACCGGCUGUGAUUGUCAGAUCUCUUUGCGAGAAACAUGAUGGAACGAUGCCCGUCUCUUCAGCAGCACGGACAGCCGGGCCCCGCUCGGCAUGUUCGACGACAUGGAGGCAACAGGGGCAGACGUGGACGGAGCCAACCAAAGAGGCAACUGGUCGGGGAAAUUCGACUUCCUUCUGUCGCUGUUAGGAUAUUCCGUCGGAUUGGGGAAUGUUUGGAGAUUUCCUUACCUGGCAUACAGUAAUGGUGGUGGCGCCUUUCUCAUUCCGUUCCUCUUGAUGCUGCUGCUGGUCGGAAUGCCCCUUAUGUUUAUGGAGUUGGCUUUCGGACAGUACGCCAGUCUUGGACCUAUAGCAAUAUUUGGGAAAUUCUGUCCUCUUUUCUCUGGCCUUGGUUAUGGUAUGGUGAUAAUCUCAGGCAUCGUGGCCCUGUAUUACAACAUGAUUAUUGCGUGGACCUUGUUCUAUAUGUUCGCUUCAUUCACGAGUGAAUUGCCGUGGGAGACCUGCAAACCAGAGUGGAGCACACUGGAUUGUUACUCCUACAAAGACGCAGAUGCUUGCCACAAGGAUUAUAACGAGACUGGAAUCUAUUACAACAGGACGUGCUACAAUGAGACAAUGGCUUCCACUUCCACCCUUGAUAUCCAACAGUUGGUCAUUAAUAUGACCAAGAGGCCACCUGCAGAGGAAUAUUUCGAGAAUUACGUGUUGUCCAAGUCAGCUGGUAUGCACGAGAUGGGAGGGAUAAAGUGGCAGUUAGCCCUCUGUCUCCUUCUUGCUUGGUUGAUCGUCUUUCUGUGUCUAAGUCGAGGCGUCCAGUCCUCGGGAAAGGUUGUGUAUUUCACCGCUCUGUUCCCCUAUGUGGUGCUCAUUAUCCUGUUUUUUCGGGGUGUCACCUUACCUGGGGCGAUGAACGGCAUCAUCUACUACCUGACGCCAGACUUCUCAAGGCUUUAUAAAGCGAAGGUGUGGGGCGAUGCUGCUGUUCAAAUCUUCUUCUCCUUAUCCCCAGCUUGGGGAGGGCUUAUCACUUUGGCCAGUUACAACAAAUACCAUAACAACUGCUUCAAAGAUACACUGAUUGUUGCCAUCAGCAACAUUACCACCAGUAUAUUUGCCGGCUUUGUGAUAUUUUCUAUUGUUGGAUACCUUGCUCAGGAGUUGGGAAAGGAUGUCGGUGACGUGGUCGACCAAGGUGCUGGUUUGGCAUUCAUUGUCUAUCCCGAGGUUGUGACCAGACUGCCCAUCUCGCCGCUAUGGUCCUUCUUAUUCUUUUUCAUGUUACUGACACUAGGCUUGGACAGUCAGUUUGCCUUGCUAGAAACAGUUACCACAGCAGCUCUUGAUCGCUUUCCAAACUGGCGGGAAAAGAAGACUUUCGUUGUGCUUGGUAUGAGCUGUAUCGGAUACAUUGGAGGUUUGAUGAUAUGCACGAAGGGUGGUAUUUACAUGCUUCAGUUAAUGGACACAUACGCCGCGAGCUGGUCCGUCUUCCUAAUUGCCAUGUUGGAGUCGAUCAUCAUCGGCUGGGUGUAUGGCGCCGAGCGCUUCCUUGGAGACAUCGAGGAUAUGAUUGGGAGGAGGAGUUGGAUCUGGCAUAAGUUCUUCGUGGCAUUCUGGCAGUUCCUCAGUCCAGCUACUUUAUGUUUCCUGUUGAUCUUCAAUUGGGUGCAAUAUAAACCAAUCGAAUAUGGCACCUAUGAGUAUCCCCUCUGGGCGAACCUGAUAGGCUGGUUGAUGGCAUUGGCUCCAGUGGUGGCGCUACCGGUCAUGGCGGGCAUCAAGAUAUAUUACGCCCCAAAGGACAUGGGGUUUAUUCAAAAACUACGUCACCUGCUGAAGCCAAGUGCUGACUGGGGUCCAGCCCACAAGGUGGCGCAGUACAAGGAGUGCCAGGAUGAGAACAACGUCGAAGCAACACAUCAUAAUCUAGAGGCAAAACUCUCAGGGAAUACAUUCGAGAAUCCAUCAUUCAGUGCGGUCUACACGUUUGAGACUAAAAUGUGAUCAUCAGAUACACAAAAUCGGGGCUGUUAACUCAGCCAAGGGGCACUGCGACUUUCAACGGACAUAGCGCAGUAACGUCUAUGCCCGUCUCCCGAUAGUAAUGCAAAUUUGGUGGAGACGAAGUUUAUAUCUACUGUCAACUGUGAUGUUUUAGGUAAUUACUAAUUGGUCUUCCUGUGGUAUUAGUAUUAGAUCUCAGCAUACCGGUAGAGAGGAAGACCGGUAGUUUUGCGAACGAUCUGGAGAAAUCAACCUCGUACUGCGCCAUUUAUAAACGGAGAAGGAAACCGGGAUUCGGUUCUGUCCUUGGAAACAAUCAAGUGUGCUAUGUAGUUAUACAAUGUAUAAGCAUGUAUAUAUCUCUGUAUCUCUGCACUGACCAUAGAUAACAAUUGAUUUGCUUGUAAAUAGGGAUUUAUUCUCAAUUAGGUGUAAAUGAUUGAUGUGAGGGUGUCGCACAAUAAAACUCGGCCAAGCUACUGUUAGUUGCAAAGAUACAUAUGUACAUAUUUGAUUAGUAGUACCCUGAUGUAAGUUUUGUUUUUUGGUUGUUCCAGGUUAAUCAAUUUACUUGGCCUCGUAUACUGAUAAAAGUAUAAGUUUGUUUUACUUGUGAGCUGCAAGGAGUGUGUACAGCCUUAUACAGGAUGUUGAGGCAUUAUUGAAGCCAAAUUUCGAAUGCCUCUAAAAAGUAAAGGGACUCUGAAUAUACAUCUAAGUUUGCACAGGCUAUCAAAUGCAGGCAGUUCGGUGAUGGGUCGUCACAUGAAAACAAUUUAUAUAUAUGAUACUGAAUAGAAUAGGGCGUCUCCUUUAACAGCAAUUGACACCAACUGGUUGGGAAAUGUAACGUUGACUUUAACUGUGAUAAACACGCCUAGGAUUUGUUAUGGUUGUCGCAUCUGUUGGCCCUGUCGCCCGGCCCUGUUGGCAGCUAAUUAUAGGCCUAUGUUUGUUCUAGCUAGUCUCGUGAGUUAUGAUAUAUAUUCGCUUACUCAAAACACAGUUACACGGUGUUGGUAGGUCAUUGGCAGACGUAUAGUGUGGGUUGCUGUAGCACACUAUCUAAUGUCCCAACCCUGCACAAUAUCGAUAGCAGUGAUUAUAGUAUAGAGUUCAAUGAAAAAUGUACAAAUGAUAUCAAAUGUGAAUAAAAGAAUGAACUGAGG